AUGAGUCAAUCCCAGGAUGCCACUUUUACAGCACCGAUGGGUGAAGAAAACCUCAUGAAUAUCAAUCACAGAGACUCAGAGAGCAUCACUGAUGUCUGCUCCAAUGAAGAUGUCCCUGAAGUUGAGCUUGUGAGCCUGCUAGAAGACCAACUACCCCAGUAUAAGCUCAGGGUGGACUCUCUCUUUCUUUAUGAAAAUCAAGAUUGGACUCAGUCCCCACACCAGCAGCAACAUGCAUCAGACACCCUCUCUCCAGUACUUGCUGAAGAGACUUUCCGUUAUAUGAUUCUAGGCACAGACAGGGUGGAGCAGAUGACCAGAACUUACAAUGACAUCGACAUGGUUACACAUCUCCUGGCAGAGAGGGAUCGUGAUCUGGAGCUAGCUGCUCGAAUUGGACAAGCUCUCUUAAAGAGGAAUCAUGCCUUGUCUGAGCAGAAUGAAACCCUGGAGGAGCAACUGGGACAAGCCUUUGAUCAAGUUAAUCAACUGCAGCAUGAGCUGUCCAAGAAAGAUGAGUUGCUUCGAAUUGUCUCCAUUGCUUCUGAAGAGAGUGAAACUGACUCCAGCUGCUCUACACCUCUUCGCUUCAAUGAGUCCUUUAGCUUAUCUCAAGGUUUGCUGCAAUUGGACAUGCUGCAGGAAAAGCUCAAGGAACUGGAAGAAGAGAAUAUGCUUCUUCGAUCCAAGGCUUGUCACAUAAAGACAGAAACUAUUACCUAUGAAGAGAAAGAACAGCAGCUUGUCAGUGAUUGUGUUAAAGAACUUCGUGAGACCAAUGCUCAGAUGUCUAGAAUGACUGAAGAAUUGUCUGGGAAGAGUGAUGAACUGAUUCGAUACCAAGAAGAGAUUUCCUCUCUCCUGUCUCAGAUUGUAGAUCUUCAGCACAAACUGAAAGAACAUGUGAUUGAGAAGGAAGAACUGAGACUUCACCUCCAAGCUUCCAAAGAUGCCCAAAGACAAUUGACGAUGGAGCUGCAUGAGCUACAAGACAGGAAUAUAGAGUGUCUGGGAAUGCUACAUGAAUCUCAAGAAGAAAUAAAGGAACUUCGCAGUAGAUCUAGCCCUGCAGCUCAUCUCUACUUCUCUCAGCCAUACGGAGUUUUCUCUGGGGAAUCUCUGGCAGCUGAGAUUGAGGGCACCAUGCGUAAGAAGUUGAGUUUGGAUGAGGAAUCUUCUCUCUUUAAACAAAAAGCCCAACAGAAACGGGUAUUUGAUACUGUCAAGGUUGCCAAUGACACCCGGGGUCGCUCUGUCCCAUUCCCGAUUCUACUGCCCAUCCCAGGCUCCAAUCGCUCAAGUGUCAUCAUGACAGCAAAACCAUUUGAAUCUGGCUUAGAACCAACAGAGGGCAAAACAACCCAGAAGAGUAACUUGGAGGAGGAUCCAGGGAACAUCCAGAAGGCGGAUCAACCAGGACUCUCUACAGAGAGCGAUUUGGCAACAGCACUUCAUCGCCUGAGUCUGCGGCGACAGAACUACUUAAGUGAGAAGCAGUUCUUUGCAGAAGAAUGGCAGCGGAAAAUCCAAGUUCUGGCUGACCAGAAAGAAGAGGGCAGUGGCCGUGGCACGCCCACAGAGAGCCUGGCCUCCCUCUGCACUGACCAGUCGGAGAUUACAGACCUCAGCAGUGCCAGCUGCCUUCGAGGUUUUAUGCCUGAAAAAUUACAAAUUGUCAAGCCCCUUGAAGGAUCACAAACUCUGCAUCAAUGGCAGCAGCUUGCUCAGCCAAAUUUAGGAACCAUUCUUGACCCACGACCAGGUGUCAUCACUAAAGGCUUUACCCAGUUGCCCAAGGAUGCCAUCUAUCACCUCUCAGAUUUAGAAGAAGAUGAAGAGGAAGGUAUCACUUUUCAGGUUCAGCAACCUCUUCAAGUGGAACAGAAAACAUCAAUAUCCCAACCAGUGACAGGAAUCUUCCUGCCACCCAUGACUUCAGCUGGUGGUCCAGUUACAGUUGCAACCUCAAACCCAGGCAAGUGUCUGUCCUGCACAAACUCAACAUUUACCUUCACCAACUGUAGGAUAUUACAUCCCUCUGAUAUCACCCAGGUUACCCCCAGCUCGGGCUUCCCUUCCUUAUCCUGUGGAAGCAGUGGUACCUGUUCAUCAAACACGGUGGUGAGUUCUCCUGCCAUGUCCUACAGGCUCAGCAUUGGUGAAUCUAUCACUAACCGACGCGAUUCCACCAUAACUUUCAGCAGCACCAUGAGCUUGGCCAAACUUCUACAGGAGCGAGGCAUCUCCGCUAAAGUGUACCACAGCCCAAUUUCAGAGAACCCCCUCCUCCAGCCUCUCCCUCGAGGCCUGUCUACCCCUUCCACACCACCAAAUUCACCAUCUCAUUCCCCUUGCCCUUCUCCUUUGCCUGUGGAGCCUCGAGUGCAUCUCUCUGAAAAUUUUUUGGCCUCCCGACCAGCGGAAACAUUCCUCCAAGAGAUGUAUGGCCUGAGGCCAUCCCGAAACCCCCCUGAUGUUGGCCAGUUGAAGAUGAACUUAGUGGACAGGCUGAAGAGACUGGGGAUAGCCAGAGUGAUCAAGACCCCCAAGGCCCAGGCAGAUGGAAGAAGCCAGGAGGCAGGAAAUAGUCUUCAAAGACCAAACUCUGCUGUCUAUUUAAAUUCAGGGAGCAAUUUACUGAGUGGACUUAGAAGGAAUCAGAGUCUUCCAGUCAUGAUGGGUAGCUUCAGCACCCCAGUUUGCACAUCAUCCCCCAAAAUGGAUAUCCUGAAGGAGCAUUGA